ACUUAAAUCGCUCUUCCAAUCAUUCGGCUGUCAUAAAACCCUGCUCGAAUUCAAGGCCUAGGGUUUAAGCUCGACUGUGAAAGAAGCGAAGAGAGCCAACAAAGGUCGUCAACAUGGCUUUUCUUAGCAAAGUUGGAAAGGUAUUUAGGAAGAGUUCUGCAUCAAUGAUCCGUUCGGAUUUGCAACCUUCCAAACUGUCUAUCUUUCAAAGUAUUAGAUUAAUGUCAAGUUCGAAAGUUUUUGUUGGAGGCCUUUCUUAUGGUACUGAUGACCAGAGUCUGAGGGAAGCGUUCGACAAGUAUGGGGAAGUAGUUGAAGCGAGAGUGAUAACGGAUCGUGAUACCGGAAGAUCCAGAGGUUUUGGGUUUGUUACUUUCACCGCGAACGAGGAGGCUUCCAGUGCUAUCCAAGCGCUGGAUGGACAGGAUCUCCAUGGGCGCAACAUUAGAGUGAACUUCGCGACUGAAAGGUCUCGUGGUGGUGGUUAUGACGGCGGCAGUUCCGGCUACAAUCGCUCCAGUUCAUACCAGGGAGGAGGUGGUUACAAUGACUGAUGACUUUGCC